AUGGAAGGAUCGGGGACUGGUAAGUUUGAUUCUGUGGUGACGGAGAUGGUGAUGAAUGGAUCGGUGACUGGUAGGUUUGGUUCUGUGGUGACGGAGAUAGCGAUGGAUGGAUCGGUGACUGGUAGGUUUGGCUCUGUGGUGAGGAAGAUGGCGAUGGAUGGAUUGAAGACUGGUAAGUUUGGUUCAGUAGUGACGGAGAUGGUGAUGGAUGGAUCAGAGAUUGAUAUUGAUGUGCUCGGUCAACCCGAUCUAUCAUGCAUGCUUUAA